AUGCCGGCGCGCUACUGCUGCAUGCCUAGUGAUUAUGAUUUACAAGAAUUUGUAUUGGAAGUAAUGCUAAGUUCCUCAUUGGUUGUGAUGUACAAGACAAAUUGGAUGUACAAGACAAAUUCAUUUGGUGCAACCGAGAUCCUAGAGGUGCUCAAGAACUGGCCGGAGAGGAGCAUCCAGGUCAUCGUCGUCACCGACGGCGAGCGCAUCCUUGGCCUCGAGGAUCUCGGUUGCCAGGGGAUGGGAAUUCCCGUUGGCAAGCUCUCCCUCUACACUGCCCUUGGAGGUGUUCUCCCCUCAGCUGAGUACCAUGAACUUCUCGAAGAGUUCAUGACGGCCGUCAAGAAAAACUACGACGAGAAGGUCCUCACCCAGGGAACAGCCUCCGUGGUCCUGGCAGGCCUCCUGGCGGCGCUCAAGGUGGUCGGCGGGACGCUUGCAGACCACACUUACCUGUUCCUAGGUGCCAGCGAGGCCGAGACUGGCAUCACCGAGCUCAUUGCUCUCGAGAUGUCAAAACAGACUGGGUCUCCGAUCGAGGAGUGCCGCCCGAAGAUCUGGCUCAUGGACUCCAAGGGCCUGAUCAUGGCGUCGCGGAUAGACUCGCUCACGUUGAAGCCCUUGAUCUUCGCGCUAUCGAACCCGAUGUCGCACUCAGAAUGCACGGCGGAACAGGCCUACACGUGGACGCAGGGCCGCGCGGUGUUUGCGAGCGGCAGCCUGUUCCCAACGGUGGAGCUAGACGGGAAGACGCUAGUGCCAGGCCAGUCCAACAACGCCUACAUCUUCCCUUGGUUCGGCCUCGGCGUCAUCAUCUUGGCCGCCAUCCGCGUCCGCGACGGCAUGCUGCUGGCCGCCUCUGAGGCGCUGGCGGAGCAGGUGACGGAGGAGCACUUCGCCAAGGGCCUCAUCUUCCCGCCCUUCACCAACAUCCGCGCCAUCUCGGCCCACAUAGCCACCAAGGCCUAUGAGCGCCUGCCACGCCUCGGCGACCUCGUCAAGUAUGCGGAGAGCUGCAUGUACACCCCCACCUACCGUAGCUACCGGUAA